AUGCCAGCCAAACCUGUUCUCUCCUGGUCUAAACGCCACAGUGGCCUUGACUCUUCUUCUCGGACGGGACUACUCGAUACGCUGAAACGGCGGCCAUCGAAGCUUGUAACCACAGCAGCAGACAGCAAGCAAAAUGGAUCCAGUACAAGUGUUGCUCAGUACGAUACCGCACUGGCCAGCGCAGUCAGUAACUUGCAUGUCGCAGUCAACGACAUGUUGUAUUCGCCAGAAUCGAUAAACACACUAUGCUCGAAAUCCUCUUUUGUGGACAAACCCCUUCCCAGCAGGCCACGCUCUGCAUCGGUGCCAUCAUUGGUAGAGUUGCCCGCUGAGUUGCCUGAAUCAACCUCUUUACAAGGCCAAGGCUAUCCUUUGUAUCGUGAUCCUAUUCGCGCGACAAAUCCAACCCAGGCCCUUCAGAAUGAGAGUGAUCACCCGAAAAUACAGUCGGCCUGCGAGAAGGUCGCUACUUUGGAGAUACCAAAGCCGGCUAUACCAACAUUGGCCCAUGCCAGAAGCGUCCCGCAUCUGCAUUCCCAAUACAGUUUGGCAAAGACAGCCCGCCCCAGCAAAAUCCCCAUUCCCAGUACAGCUUCUCAGUCUGGUUUUCAAGGAUUACAGCGAAAUCACUCCUUGACCGACACUACCUUGCAGAAACGUCCAGAGCCAGGUCUGAUGAAGUCGGUUCCGACCGUCACCAAGUAUGACCUUGUCGAAAGAGACGGCAGAAAUUCCGAUCAAGGUCUUGAAAAGCGUCACGGCUAUAAAGAAGCGACGUCUUCUCAAACUAGCCCAACAUCAACACAGAGCAAACAUGCCCAUGAGCUGGAGUCGACCAACGCUAGCCAACUUCAAACCAUAGCAAUGUUGCAAGCCCAGUUUGACAACCUAAGGGCCGCACAUGAAUCCCAUGUGGAGACACUCAAACGUUCACAUUCGGUGCAAGUUGCUUCCCUGGAGAACCAAGCACGGCUGCUCAAGGAACGAGUGAAUGAGAAAGACCCUCAGCGAAGGUCAAGCGGUGACUGGCUACAUGUUCCAGUCAAUGAGGGUACGAUGAAGAAGCCGACGAACUUCGAAUCUCUAGACUUAGACACGUCUUUUGAUGAGAUAUUGACGGGCAAGACACAUUCACCCAUGCAUCGAAUGAAUGCCCUUGAAAUGGAAAAUUUGAAACGCAAGCUUUUCGCCUCUCCUCGACUAGAAACAGCAACCCAGAACCUACAUUUGGAACUCAGCUUAUAUAAACGAAACAACACUGCUCUUCAGAAACAGGUUGACUCACUCACGACAAAUUUAAACGAGUCGAACGAGAGCGAGCGAAAGCUGAGAAGUACGCUGGAUCUGAUAGAAACGAAAAGUGCCGAGUGGGAAGAGAAAGCAAAGCAUGCCAACAAGCUCAUUGACAAGCUCACUGAGAAAAUCCAUGCUCUGAAAAACACUACUGCCGACCUUGAGGCUCGCCUGGAAAUUGCCAAUGCUAAACGAUUGGAUGCUGAAGAACAGCUCUCAAACUGGAGAGACAAGAAGUCGCCGUUUGAUCUCACUCCGGCCAAACUACGCAUCUCACCGGGUACGAGUCGCGUAGCUUCAGGCACCCAAAUUAGUACUGGUACCCAGACUUCUAGCGAAUCAGCCAGUCUUUCAGAAGUGUUGGGAUCAGAAAACCCCGCGCUGGAUGCAUCGACCUCGGAAAUUGAGCAGCUACAAGCUCAAUUUGCUGAGAAAAAUGUAUACGUAGCUGAACUGGAAAUGAAACGAGAAGAGCUACAACGAAAAAUCAACCAACUUGAGCAAGAGCACAAGAGAAUGGCUGUCCAAUCUGAUCUUCAAGAUGAGCUUCUAAAAGAAACUCGCGCAAGCGACAAGCUGAUCGAACAACUCCGGAAUGCGGUCAUUAACCGUGAAUCCACAAUCAUGGAAAAUGAAGAAGCGAUCCAUACAUUGACGAGGCAGCUCGAGUACCACAAGAUCUUGCUGCAAGCAGAAAUUCGACAGCAUACAGCGAUGAAGCUUUUUGUUGCAGAAGAAGAACAGCCUCUGCCGGAGCUUAGGUCGUUGGCCAAGGGAGCAGAUAUUGAUUGUUGGAUCGAGAAGCUUCAUGAGCGUUUGAAGAGAGAGAGGCCUAAUGACGAGGAUAUAGCUACUGUUGACACGCCCGAAGCUAAGAUCGAAAGGUUGCGUCGCGAGAUUGACUUUUAUGUGCGCGAAAUCAUACUGUUCAAGCUUGAUAUCAAGGGGUACAGGAGCGACAUUCGAAAACUGAAAGAGAUGGCUGCGAACAAGGGUAGCUUCGAAGAAUCGGGUGAUAUUAGAGAGAAGACUUCAGCAGCCUCGCCAGUUCGAUCUACUUUUGCACCCGUCACACCCGAGCUGGAUGCCUUUCUCAACGCUUCGUCGAUUAGGGGCCACACCGACAUCUUUUUGAGAUCAGAAGAGCAUUCUGUUGCCCCAUCAUCACCGGUUCCUUCUCAUAAGAGCUGGAACGGCGAGGAUAAUCAGCAGAUGUUUGGACUGGAGAUACCCAAGGUUUCUCGGGCUUCGAAAAAGAACAGCUUCUUUGCAACUGAGUCUGGUCGUAUCGACUCGGCUUUCUCACCUUCUCCAAACCCAAAUCUGGCUUCGGGCCAAUCGACACCUUCGUGUAUUUUGAGCGAAUCUCUUGAAGUUGGCCAGCAGCCUGACACACUCAAUGAGCCCACAGAAAAAAGACGGACGACAUCAACGGCCGAACGGGAAGCAGCAUCUUACAGACAGUUUAUAUUCAUGUCAGACGCCACCGAGUCACCUCCAAGUCUGCCAGUUGAUAUACCUCAACUACCAGACGGUUCCAGUUCGAACAAACAGCUAGCGGAGACGCCAUUCGGUCUUUGUGAUGAGGUACCAGUCUAUCUACUACCGGGAUCACCUACAACAUCACUCUCUGAAACAGGUUCAGUAAUUUCGACUGCGAGUGAUUUUCUUCCGUAUUCAAUUCUUCCAGUCGGACGCAAACCAAGCAAUGCUCCACCAAGCGUGCCCUUCCAGGCAGUUGUAGAGCCGCCAGUACCAGUACUUGUCACGCCAACUGUUGCCGCUCAUACCCUGGGUUGCUCAAUCACCCGCGGUGCGCCGUUCAAGGUCAAAUCAUCUGCUUCUGAACCUGGAAUUGACAAGACCAUGGCGUCACCCACUCUCGCGGAUGCACCAGUCCCACAAACCAAGAUAUGGCAAGAAGGAAUGCCUAAAAUAACCGAAUCAACUUCGAGUCCUCCCACUGUAUUCGGAAAAGAGGAAGGGCAAUCCAUGAGCUUCCCUGACAUUCUGUCCCGCUUGCGUGAAGGAAGUGUAAGCAGUGUCUACUCGGCGGACAGUGUGUCGAAGCCCAGCGAACAGCAAGAUACCGAGUUGUCCGAGAGCAACGUCAUUAACAUGUUGAAAGCGCUGGAGAGCUGCCCGUUCAGUCUCAAGCCAAAAUCAUCAUCAUCUUCGUUACGGAGCUUUGCAUGAUUGCAAAGAGUUCAAGUUAUCAUUUCGACUCAGCGAUUUCUGAGCAACAGUCUUUUGGAAGCGUCCUAUCCGGUAGGGUAGAACACGGAGUUUCUUUUGUUAACACCGCUUGUCGG